UGACAUACCACGCUCAACUCAUGUGGACUCCUCUUCGUCCAUAAGGCUACUAGGGUCAUCCAUUGGCGAACAACACCAUGUGCUUGAUGCAUAUAUAACACCUCGUAUCGAAGGACAGUUCUCUGGUCAUCUCCAGUUACCUAGUAUCGGUAUCAGUCCUCCAAGUAACAAGAUAUGCGCAGCUCUGUUGCAUUUUCCGUUGUUCUUUUCGGGUUCCCAGCUGCCAAAUCCUUAUUGAGCCCAGCGCACAAUACAACCCUGCUGAACAGAGCAUCUUCGUUGAGCUCUGGAUGUGGAACUUCUGGCGCCGAGUCCUGCUCAUCCUCUUCCACCGGUCAAGACCUAUGUUGCUUUGAGUCUCCCGGGGGUCUUCUGGUUCAGCCUCAGUUUUGGGACUCCGAUCCGUCGACCGGGCCAAGUGAUAGCUGGACCAUUCACGGACUUUGGCCGGAUCAUUGUGACUCCACCUUUGACCAGAGCUGCGAUUCCUCGCGAGCGUAUACGGGCAUUGCUUCGUUGUUGACCAGUAAUGGUGCUAGCGACACGCUGUCGUACAUGCAAACUUACUGGGUUGAUAUUAAUGGUGAUAAUGAAGAGUUUUGGGAGCACGAAUGGAGCAAGCAUGGGACAUGUAUGAGUACUCUCGAACUCGACUGUUUCUCGAGUAUCACCAAAGGACAAGAGGCUGUUGCUUACUUUCAAUCGGCCGUGGCAUUGUUCAAGUCGCUCCCCACUUACGAAUGGCUCGCUAAUCAAGGAAUUACGCCAUCAAGUAGCACCACAUACUCACUUUCCAAAGUGAUAGCGGCUCUGACAGAGGAAUCCGGUGGCUACACACCCGCCUUGGACUGUGACGGGAGUAACUUGAGCCAGAUCUACUGGUAUUUUCAUUUGAAAGGUUCCGUCGUCGAUGGCACAUUCGUUCCCAUCUCUGCACCGGAAGCAGGGUCUUGUGGAUCAACGGUCAAGUACCCGCCCAAGUCAGGCUCUAGUACGCCAACGUCUACUACCACUUCAUCCUCCCCCACUGGUACAUCUGGAGGAACACUUCCUGCCAAGGCAACCAUCGUGGCAUUACAAUCGGGAUCACAGGUAGGAGGACUACUCUCUUUAGGAACGUGGUCCACGCAGACCUUGGCGACCUUCACGACGACUGGAGAUGCCGAUAGCUUCACUAUGACCUCGUCGAAAGGCAACUGUGGUGUUAGCAGUGGUGCAUUCACAUGUGGCAGCGGGGUGUCUCUAUCGACCUUCUCAACGGUCCUCUCCAACGGCGAGCUCCUCCUGUCAUACAAUGGCACGACCACCUUCAGCAGCGACGGGUCUCCGAGUGGAACGACAGUAUAUACAAUAUAUGUUGGCUCAAGCCACGAUGAGGUUUAUAGUCUGUCGAUCUUUGAGAAGUGAUUAUCGCGUAGUUACUGGAUUUGUAGUGCUACUGUUGCAGUUACUGUGAAGACUAGGGUCUGUAGGAAUUCGUAAAUCACUGCAUCGAUUAACCUUUGGGUGUGACGCUCACCAUGCCACCGCCCUCAGACCAUCCGUCACUGCAUCUCACUGUCCUCCCCAAUGAUUUUUUUGUCGUGCAGCUCAAGCACCACGAAGGCGAUGGUGAUGUUUUGAUCAACUUGACCAGUCAACCAGAGAGAUUCUUCUCGUUGACUCGGACAACUGAAGAGGUGUCGGUCGUCGGGGAAAUACAU